AGAGGGAGCUCUCCGCUGGAGAGCGCACACACACACACACACACAUACGGAGACGCACACCCACAGACAGACACACACAGACAGACACACGCACAGUCAAAGCAGAGCAGAGGAGCUCUCGCGCUGAUCGGUGCCAGACGGACGGUCGACUUUAGUGUGUUUGAUUCAAGUUUUACUGUUUUACUACGUUUUAGUUUAGUUUAUGGAGAAUUAACACUUCGCUUUGACACACUUUGGUGGCAAGUUUGAUCAUUUCUUGCUCGCGUUUUUUUCAAUCCUGUUUGUUUGGAAUAUAUUUGGGGAUCAAAAGGUGGAUACUGCACGACGCGCAGAAGUCCUCCUGACGAGAAAAAAAGACACCCCAGGAUUGUUUUCUUUUUUCGACGCGAGACCGAGAAAAUUCUGUCACGGAAACUUCGUCCGGCGUUUUUUUUGUUUACUUGAGUGGUCCCAGCAAUGGUGGGGCACCUACAUCUACAAGCGAUGGACGAUAGCCUGAAAGGAAAGAACCGGGAGGGACUGCUCGACAGUCCGGAUUCGGGGCUGCCCCCCAGUCCCAGUCCCCCCUUCUGCUCCAUCUCGCCGGGUCUGAUCGAGUCGCGCGCCGGCAGCUGCACGACGCCCGUGGAAAGCCCCCACGGAUUUUAUAAGAAGGAGAGUCGAGAAGGCAAACUGCUUCCCUACCUGCUGCUGAACUCCACCAACACAGACGCAAGGACUCGCAUGCACCCUGUGUUCUUCGGAGAAAGCAUCGAGGUCAACCCCAAACCGGAGCAGGAAAUCAAGUGCAACUCCGAGGUCAGGUACGACUCGGACAAGCAUUACCAGGACCGGGUGUACUACGCCCCCGUUCCCACGGCAACCUCCUUCAGCGAGACAGUCGUGGCGGUGCGCAACUGCACAUGGAGGAGCUACAAGUCCCAGGUGUACCUGGAGCCACGGCAGAAACCCAUCAGCUACCAGAGCACCACCAUCAUCUACCCAAAGCACGCCAAGAACACGUACCGCACGACGCUCAACUACAACGCCGCGGGCUCGCGCCGCUGGUUCGUCUCCACGGUGCAGCUGGAGUCGAGUGAGGACACCAGCCCCUGCAUCAUCUACACAGAAGACCUGUAGGGUCCGGACCGCGCUGGGAUGAGGGCCACCUGGUGAUCGUCUUGUGUGUUUUGGAGGAGCGGAAAUACUUCAUGUAAUACCUGAAGCCCCGUAAAUUUUUUUUUUAAAAACGACUUUGUACUCACCAUGCAGGAAACCGUGGGAAGGCUUUAGUGACAUUUCACCUCGGUGCAUUUUCGACUUUCCACUGAUGUAGUCCUUAAAGAAAAGGGAGUCUGUCCUCUGGCAGUUCAAUGCCGCACUUCAACGGAUAAUGUCUUAUUUAAUGCAAGAGAUGACAAGUUGGUGGCCCUUGCUCUCCUUCGGGUUAGACCGCAGUGAAGGUGACAGACCGCAGACGUCUGUGUACGUCGGGGGAAAAAGAAAAAAUCCAGAUGACAUGUGUGGAGGAUUCCUGCGCAGAGAGCCGGUCCCACCAAUGCAAAGCAUUCUGAUGUGGCUUCAUUGCACCCGUUUUCCUACAAAUCACUGUCCUCCCAGGGGACUCGACAUUGCCGAGGGCCGCGAGGGGAAUUGGACCAAAGAUAGUUCUUUGUAAUAACUCAUAAUAUCACACUGAGAAGGAACUCUUGCCCUUAGUUGUACAGUUUCAAUUAACACACGUUCGAACCGCAGCUCGUGUAGUUCGAUCGGACGUUUCAUUAAACUCAACGGCACGUCGCAAGGUGUCAUGUUUAACCAGAGCUGUUUCUUGACUAAGUCCAAUGAAAAGACGGAUCGCUUCAACAACAACUGAUUGGCGUGAGAAUAUUUGAAAAAGGACAAUAUUUUAGUACCUUUGAACAUUUUGGUUUUUAAAUCUACAGUUCUUUGCAACAUUAAAUAUUCAGCUGCCUUGGUUCGUUGUGGUCAGGAUUUAAAGUCCUUUUAAACUGUUAAAACUUUAUUUGAAUACUUUUGUUAAGGUAAUGUCCGAGUCGAGGUCGUCUCACUAGGACAGGUUAUUUUUAGCUUGUUCGGCUGCAGGGCAACAAAACAUAUCCUUCCUUAGUCUGCGAGAAAAAACCCCCGAGAAAAACAUGUAUGUUGUCGUGGCAGUUAAGAAUGGUGUCAAUCCUUGUAUUGUUUGCCUCACGACCUUCCCGAACCGGCCUUGGUGUCAGAUGGUGGAGCUUCUCGCACAAGUGACAGGCGCAAAUCAGACAAGCAGGGGAAGUGUUUGUUCGUUUUAAACACUUCUACUUCACAACUCUUGGAACUGAAUCUGGAGCGUUUCGUUCUACGGAAAAUCUGUGUUUCAAAAAAAAAGAAGCUACAACUGUGCAGGAUCAGGUGCAACCAGCUAUACGUGAAUCCUGUGCAUGAAGUAACCUUUAUCAUAUUGCACUAUUAAUACUCAAGUAACGUCUUUGCUAGUAACAUUUUUGAGGACAAAUCGGCAGCUUUGUCCAAUCAAAAGAAACAACAAUCUGAACAUGAAGUACUUUAGUAUCACAAAAUAAACGGGAAAACAUUAUAUUAAACUAGUAAACUUUUGUAAAUGUAUAUCAUAGGUUGUUUUAUUUAUGAGUCCGUGUUUUUAGGUGUUAGUAUGGAGGCAGUUUUGAAAGUAGCUAACAUUAUGCGGCCCUUUUGUCUGACGUUGGUAAUAUUGCGUUGUGAUAUUAUAAUCAUGUUGUUGAUUUGGCGAGAUUUGAUGGAAAAUCUUGUUUUAAUUUUAAAGCGUGAGGGCAGACUCCUCAGUACAAACCGGUCAUCUGCCAGCCGGCUAGAGUUAGCUGUGUCCGUUAGCUAACGUAUGUACAGUAGCCAGAGUGACUCGGCAUUUAAUUCCUACGCAAGAACUACGUUGCGUCAUCAUUGUGUGAAACAAACCGCCUUUAUUUUAGAAAACUGUAAAUUUCCGCUUACAGUCGUCAACACUCGCAGUACAGAUGUAAAUUUAAUUUACGAAUUGCUAGUGUUUCAUUGCGUGUAUGAACAUAUCAAACAGAUCCAAAGUUUUAUGAUCCGAGGCAACUUCAAACCACUCUGUUAUAACAAAGAUGUAACAAUGAAGCAGUUAAAACCACAUCAGAUAUCCCUGUUGAGAUGUAAAAUAGAUUUUUAUUGAGUCCUCAUUACUUUUUUUCUGUCUGUCUCUAUAUUAUUGAACAACUCAAAUGAAUAAAUUUCAGACUUUUCUUCAGAUUUUUAUCUUCUUUAUCUUUAACAGUUUAACUUAACGCCAACUUAAAUUUGCGGGACUUGUUAUUUUUAUGGUUUGAAAACCCCUCGAGGUGCGAGGAGGCACGAUGGGAGUUUAACGAGGGAACAGAAAGUAUCGACACAGAGAGAGACGAGAGAAAAAUAACAUCCGCUCCUUCAAAGGAAACAUUAUGGACGAGGGGAGGAAAUUGUUUUGGAGUUGCCUUUCUAUACGGCAAAAUUCCAGGAAAGAUGGAGAGUUUUGUUUGUGUAGAAGAUGGUUUGUGAAAUGUCAAGAGAACGAUAAGAGAAAGUUGGUGGGUGAUUUAAUACUUUGGUGGUUUUAUGUGAAACACUUUUGUUUCCUAACACUUGAUUUUGUUACUGUAAAAUAUUUUCGUGUUGUAUAUGUGGCAUUGAGGCACUCCAUAAUUCUCUUUAUAUUUUUGUACAUCAUUUAUCAUUUUUGUUCUGAUCAAAGAAAAUAAUUUAAAAAGAUGUAUAUUCUAAAUAAAAUUUAAAAAAAGAAGCUAUUCCCAAACCCUUA